UGUGUGGGUGCCAUGGCUAGUAGUGUUGGUGGGAGUCCCAACUGGCGUGUGUGGCUGUGGUGGGCAAGGCGAACAAUCCGCUGCUGGUGCGUUCGUUUGGGGCAGCAAGAGAGGCGAGUGACGCGGCGGCGACGGCGGUGGAGGCCGAGGGUGCUGGCGAGAUGGGCUUCCACGCGCUGAUGCACACGUGCUUGGACAUGGUGGAGGAGGCGGAGGGCUCGUCAGACUCGUACCUGGGCCUGCUCACUGCCACUGAGGACUACCGCGUCUACGGGUAUGUGACCAAUACGCGGAUCACGCUCCUGGCGGCCAUCGCCGACGGCGGCGAGCUCAAGGCCUCGAACGUCGGCUCACUGCUGCGCUACCUCCACACGCUCUACAUGGACGCGGUGUGCAACCCGUUCCAUACUCUGGACGCUCCCCUGGCCUCGCCGCGCUUUGCCGCCGCCCUGGAUCAGGUUGCCGCCACAUGGACUGGUGGACUGAUUCGCUGAGCCAAGUCCUUUCUGGCGGUCCGCAAGUGGGGGCUGGAUCCCACUGGCGGACUGAGCCCAAUCUAAAGACAAUGGUCAUGCUCC